CCGCGCCCCCUUGAAGUCUCAGCGUUCGAUCCGCCGAACUCCGGCGAGCGCAACGUUCGAUCCGUCGAACUCUGGCUGGCUCAGCCCCGGCUGCGAUCUGCCAAUUUGGCCGCGCUCCGCCCUGCCAGCGCCGGUGGGAGGUGGAGGCGAGGGGACACCCCGGCCGCCCGCUCCCCUCCUCCCGCUGUCUGAGGAGGAGGAGGAAGAAGGGGAAGGAGCGGCGCUGGCGGCUGCAGCCGCGCUGAGAUUUGCCAAGCGGGCGGCAGAGGGAGGGCAGGGAAAGCCUCCUCCCCACCCCUUCCCAGCGCCGCUGCCUGGGACGCAGGAGUUGGAAGUUGCCGGGCCCGGGCGGGGCGGCGGCCGCGCUCCGCCUGCUUGAUGUUUGCGUGAGCCGGCGGGGAGGGGGCAGCGCCUGGCGGCUCGGGCCGGCUGCCGCCUCUCCCCCCUCCCAGCUCGGGCUGUUUGUUUGUGUGCGAGGCGCACACGCCCCCCGCCUCACUCCCGUGCCCUUUCUCCCGCGCCAGGAGGCCGGAGCCUGGGCUCGGCGCGGCGCGGCUCGGCUCGGCUCGGCCGCGUUGCUGCUGCUGCUGGACGAGGACUCGCUCCCCUGCGGGAAGGCGCCGGAGCCAUGAGCGGCGGGGAGGUGGUUUGCUCGGGCUGGCUCCGAAAGUCCCCGCCGGAGAAGAAGUUGAAGCGCUACGCAUGGAAGAGGAGAUGGUUUGUGCUUCGUAGCGGCCGUCUAACAGGAGAUCCAGAUGUAUUGGAAUAUUACAAAAAUGACCAUGCUAAAAAGCCUAUCCGCAUUAUUGACUUAAACUUGUGUCAACAAGUAGAUGCUGGAUUGACAUUUAACAAGAAAGAGUUUGAAAAUAGCUAUAUUUUUGACAUCAACACUAUAGACAGAGUUUUCUACUUGGUUGCAGACAGCGAGGAGGAGAUGAAUAAGUGGGUUCGAUGUAUUUGUGAUAUCUGUGGGUUCAACCCUACAGAUGAAGAUGCUGUGAAGCCACCUGGUAGUUCUUUACAAGCAUCUUCUGACUUGCCCUUAGCAGUUAAUACUUCACCACCUUCUAUGCAUGCCGAAUCAUCCCUACCUCCUCCAUACCAGCUAAUUAAUAUCCCCUCUUCGGAAUCCUCAUGUAGUCAAGAAGAUCCUCAGGACUACUUAUUGCUAAUAAACUGUCAAAGCAAGAAACCAGAACCUAUGAGAUCUCAUGCUGACUCAGCAAAAUCCACCUCUUCUGAAACAGACUGCAAUGAUAAUGUACCCUCUCAUAAAAAUCCUGCUCCAUCGGUAAGCAAGCAUGCCGUGAAUGGUUUUUUUCAGCAGCAAAGUGUCUAUGACUCUCCACCACCUCGAUCUACAAUGGUGUCUGUAGACUGCAGCCUUUAUAAUCUGCCUAGAAGUUACUCACAGGAUGUUUUACCAAAGGCAGCAUCUCCAUCCGGGACUGACACAGAAGGAGAGCAGCAUAUUUUCAAUGCCCCAUCAGCAACAUCAUUAGAUGCACAGAUGAGACAUAUCUCCAUUAGUUAUGACAUUCCCCCAACACCUGGAGGUACUUACCAGAUUCCACGAACUUUUCCAGAAGGAACAUUGGCUCAGACUUCAAAGCUAGAGACUAUUCCAGAUAUUCCUCCACCUCGGCCUCCAAAACCUCAUCACUCUUCAGAUCGAUCUCCUGUGGAACCCUGUAGCAUUACUCGUACUGCGUCAGACACUGACAGCAGUUAUUGCAUCCCUACAAUGGGAAUGCCACCUUCACGCAGCAAUACUGUUUCCACUGUAGAUUUGAAUAUAUUUCGAAAAGACAUUAGUUCUCAAGACUGCUAUGAUAUUCCACGAACAUUUCCAAAUGACAGAUCUAGCUCAUUGGAAGGUUUCCACAAUCACUUUAACAGAAGCAUGUUGACAGUGGGAAGUGUUUCAAGUGAAGAACUGGAUGAAAAUUAUGUCCCAAUGAAUCCCAACUCUCCACCACGGCAGCAUUCCAGCAGCUUCACUGAACCCAUUCAAGAAACAAACUAUGUACCAAUGACCCCAAGCACAUUUGAUUUUUCAUUAUUUGGAAUGCAAGUCCCUCCUCCUGCUCACAUGGGUUUCAGGUCCAGUCCAAAGACUCCUCCCAGAAGGUCAGUACCUGUUGUAGAAUGUGAACCACCACCAGUGGAUCGGAAUCUCAAGCCAGACAGAAAAGGUCAAAGUCCUAAAAUUUUAAGACCUAAACCACAUGGUUUAGAGCGAACUGAUUCACAAACCAUAGGUGACUUUACUACAAGAAGAAAGGUAAAACCAGCUCCACUAGAAAUAAAACCUCUGCCUGAGUGGGAGGAAUUACAAGCCCCUGUUAGAUCUCCUAUCACCAGAAGUUUUGCACGAGACUCCUCCAGGUUUCCUAUGUCUCCCAGACCGGAUUCAGUUCAUAGCACAACUUCCAGCAGUGACUCGCACGACAGUGAAGAGAAUUAUGUUUCCAUGAAUCCCAAUCAGUCCACUGAAGACCCAAUUCUGUUUGCUAGCAACAGUCUUGAUGGAGGAAGCAGUCCUAUGGUAAAACCUAAAGGAGAUAAACAAGUAGAAUAUUUAGAUUUGGAUCUAGAUUCUGGAAAAUCUACUCCACCUCGUAAGAAAAAAAGCAGUGGUUCCGGUAGCAGUGUGGCUGAUGAAAGAGUGGAUUACGUUGUGGUUGACCAGCAGAAAACACUAGCACUGAAGAGCACACGAGAAGCAUGGACUGAUGGGAGGCAGUCUACAGAAUCUGAAACACCAAGUAAAAAUGUAAAAUGAAAAUACAGCUUUUUCUUCAUAGAACAAAAAAAGAGUGUCAUUUGUCAUUCUGCAUUUUGAAGAAACACUGAACCACAACUGCAAUUUUGCUUGACUGUAUAGUACUUGACAGUUCACCGGUGUACAGCUUCCUACCUGAACAGGAUGGGAGCUAAAGGACUCUUCAUAUACAGCAAAAAUGUUAAGAUCCUGUAUUGUGCUCUGUGGCAUCUGGAUAACUCACAAAAUGUAAAUAGCUUGUAAAAUAGUAUUCCUGAGCUCCCAGAAACAUUUUGUCUUGUACUUAACACAUUUGUAGUAUUAUUAAGUUUAUGCACUUUUUCAGUUACAGUGUUGGUUCAGGUAUUCAUAAUUAGUGUACCGUAAUGCCUAAUUCAUUUUGAGAAUUUUUUAUUACAGUACUAUGCAUUACAAUUUUAGGUUAAUUAAGCUACUUGUAGAUAUGGGAAAUUAAUGUUUGAACUUGAUUUUAACAACUUAAAAUUGAUUUAGCAGAAAUAGUUUCACAAUUUAAUAAUCUACUUGAAAUGGCAAGAGACGACCAUUAGUUACAUACUGUUUUAUAUUUAAUACAUGCAAGGAAUCUUUGGAAGUCUACAGGUUACCUUCCUAACAAAAAUUGCUGUGAGUUAAUAAUAAUGAACUUUAUUGGUUUUAGACCUAGAAUUUUGGCUUAUACAUUAGUUGUUAGUGGUAGAUCUUCUACUGUAUUUUAUUAAUGACAGUGUUCUGUGUUCAUUGGGUGAAGAUUCUGCAGGGUAGGAUCUUACACUUUUAAAGACUAAAUAAUUAAAUAUCAAGUAAGCCUGCAAACCACUGAUGGCAUGCAGUAAUGUUGUGAUCUCAUACUUAUUAACAAAAAAAUAACCUUUAUAUUAUUUACAGAAGGUAGAAUAUAUAAAUAAUCAGGUACGUACUGAGCACUGUUGUGCUAAUACUCUGAUCAGGUUUAGACAAUGAGCUUUAGUUUUGUACUAUUUAGAAGUCCUACUUUUGGUUUUCAGUUUGAGAUUAACAGGACAGUUUGACAUUCGCUGUUUGUAGUACUAGCAAGAUACUGUGAUUUUGAAUUGGACAGUAAUUCAAAUGGAAAUACUAUGUAUUGACACCAUAGUGCCCUUCCUAUGAUCUUUACUUUACUUAAUCUCCUGCUUGGCCUUAUAUUUAAAUCCCUAUGCAACUGAUAUUUUAUAUCUCUGUUUUUCUAAAAAUAGAUACUAUACCUGAUCCCCUCAUACACCAUGUGUUGUUCUUUCCUGGUACAGGAUUUAAAGCUUUAUGUACUGUGAUCCUUUCAUUUUCACUAUGCCAGUUUCAAAUAAUGGUCUGCCUUGGUUUAGAAUUAAUUUAGCUGUCAAGAAGCAAAUAGAGGUCUUCAAUUAUGUAAAUGAUUUGUUAAAUUUAUUAUGUCUGGAUUGAAAAUUUACUAACACUUUUUUACACAAAUACCCUUGAGUAACUCUUGAUGGAUUUUGUUUUGUUUUCUUUGUUUUUGGUCCAGACUUUUAAAAUGUUGAAUGAGCAUACAGAUGUGUUUUGGUUUUUUGUUUUGUUUUUUUCUGGAAUGCUGGCCUCAGUACGGUGCCUAACUUACAAUAUUUUCCCCCAAUCUACAGUAUGUAAAUUGUCUCAUUCUUAAUAAGGGUUCUUUUUAAAUUAGCAAUAUUUUGAUGCUUUGAAUGUUUUUUUUUUUUAAAAAAAACUAAACACAAUGCAUUUUGAGGUGAAUUUUAAAUAAAUCAAAUUGCUCAGUUUCAA